AUGUUAUUUUUUAAACUCCACCUUCAUAUAACGCCUUCGGGCGAUCAACGUACCGAAGUUCACAAGCACCCGUACUGCCCAGAGGUAACGAGACAGGUGUUUAAAACAAUCAACCAAAGAAACCACUGGUUUAAGAUCCUCUCACAAUACUGCCAGAGGAAACCGCCGGAAAUCCCUCAACCAGUAAUGGGAACGUUCGGCCUUUAUCCUCGCAAUUGCACAAUAUGCUGCAUAACGUAUAAUAGCAGUGGUAUAUUUUAUACAUUGAAAGAUGCUCAUUACCGGACGCCCUGUUCACACCGGAUGAGAUGCGACCGCCACGGUAAUUGUGUGAACGCUGACCUGAACGACCUUCCAACGAAACUUCCUGCACCUUUGGCCAAAUUGGUUAAUAUAACCUUAGAAAAUUUAUGGACCGGGUAG